AAAACCACACAAUGGAGACGGGUCCCCAAAUUUGAAAUAUGGACUCAGACAGCGAUCACAUUUUCAUGCCGACCUCGAAUGGUUUAAUUCCGUAAGAAUAUCGAAAUUGAUACGAGCGAUUUACUGUAUAAAUUAAUCACAGUAAUUCAAAAUAUCUGCCAACUAUACUCGAAAUCGAAGAUCAGGUCGCAGUUUCUGCUCUCUCUACCGGUCAGCAAUUGAAAAGAAAGGUUAAGUAAAUAUGGCUGUGUCACAGAACAAGGUGGACAUGGAGGAGGGAACUUUGGAGAUUGGGAUGGAGUAUAGAACUCUCUCUGGAGUUGCUGGACCUCUGGUUAUCCUUGAUAAAGUCAAGGGACCCAAGUACCAGGAGAUUGUCAACAUCCGUUUAGGAGAUGGAACAACUCGCCGUGGACAAGUCUUGGAAGUUGAUGGGGAGAAGGCUGUUGUUCAGGUUUUUGAAGGAACAUCUGGGAUUGACAAUAAAUUUACAACUGUCCAGUUUACAGGAGAGGUUCUAAAGACACCUGUCUCAUUGGACAUGCUUGGACGUAUAUUUAAUGGUUCUGGGAAACCCAUUGACAAUGGUCCUCCCAUUUUACCUGAGGCUUACUUGGAUAUUUCUGGGAGUUCCAUCAAUCCUAGUGAGAGAACCUAUCCUGAAGAAAUGAUACAGUCUGGAAUUUCAACAAUUGAUGUCAUGAAUUCAAUUGCCCGAGGACAAAAAAUUCCUCUAUUCUCUGCUGCUGGUCUUCCCCACAAUGAAAUAGCUGCCCAGAUCUGUCGUCAGGCUGGUUUGGUAAAGCGGUUAGAGAAAUCUGAUAAUCUUCUUGAGGAUGAUGGAGAGGACAAUUUUGCCAUUGUUUUUGCUGCAAUGGGAGUCAACAUGGAGACAGCACAGUUCUUCAAACGUGAUUUUGAGGAAAAUGGAUCCAUGGAGAGAGUGACCCUUUUCUUAAACCUGGCCAAUGACCCGACAAUAGAAAGAAUUAUUACUCCCCGUAUUGCUCUGACAACGGCGGAGUAUUUAGCAUAUGAAUGUGGAAAGCAUGUUCUUGUCAUAUUGACAGAUAUGAGCUCUUAUGCCGAUGCUCUCCGCGAGGUGUCUGCUGCACGAGAGGAAGUACCUGGAAGGCGUGGAUAUCCUGGUUAUAUGUAUACUGACCUGGCAACAAUCUAUGAGCGAGCUGGUCGUAUUGAAGGGCGAAAGGGCUCCAUAACGCAAAUUCCUAUUUUGACCAUGCCAAAUGAUGAUAUUACACAUCCAACUCCGGAUCUUACGGGCUAUAUUACUGAAGGACAGAUAUAUAUUGACAGGCAGCUUCAUAAUCGGCAGAUAUAUCCUCCAAUCAAUGUGCUGCCAUCCUUGUCUCGUUUGAUGAAGAGUGCCAUUGGUGAAGGCAUGACUCGCAGGGAUCACUCUGACGUCUCUAACCAGUUAUAUGCAAAUUAUGCUAUAGGGAAGGAUGUUCAGGCAAUGAAAGCUGUGGUUGGAGAAGAAGCACUUUCCUCAGAGGAUCUGCUAUAUCUGGAGUUCCUUGACAAAUUUGAGAGGAAGUUUGUCGCGCAAGGAGCUUAUGACACUCGAAACAUCUUCCAGUCGCUUGACUUAGCAUGGACUUUGCUCCGAAUCUUUCCACGGGAGCUUCUUCACCGUAUUCCUGCAAAGACACUCGAACAAUAUUACGGCAGGGAUGCCUCUAAUUGACGGGAGACACGAUGUGAUAUAUAGUUCAGCAUGCUUUUCCUUUAGUUGUGUAUCUCAAUCCCGUUUAAAUAAUAUAUGUUUCCUUGUUAAGCCCCAGAAAUCUUAGGAUUGUAAGGCGGUUUAAGGCACUUAUAUUUUUGACAUCAGUUAAAUCUUGUAUUUAUUUUGUAUUAUUUAAUUGGAUAUUUUCUUGGUAAUUGAUAUUUUGUGUUUGGUACA